AUGUAAUUUUGGAGAACUUUACAACCUGCUACUUGUCCUUUCUCAAUGCAGCAAAAACCUUGGAUCAGACACUAUAACUAACAUGGGGGACUGGAGCUUUCUUGAAAAGUUACUAGACCAAGUACAGGAGCAUUCUACAACAGUUGGAAAAAUCUGGCUUGUGGUGCUGUUUAUAUUCCGUCUUCUGAUUUUAAGCCUUGCCGGGGAAUCAGUUUGGGGAGAUGAGCAAUCAGACUUCAUUUGCAACACUAAACAACCUGGUUGUCCAAAUGUUUGCUAUGAUAAAGCUUUUCCUAUUUCUCAUAUCCGGUAUUGGGUGCUACAGUUUCUUUUCGUGAGUACACCUACUCUGUUCUACUUGGCUCAUGUUGCCUACCUGUCUAGGAAACAGGAAAAGCUAAGGCAGAAAGAAAGCCAAUACAUGAUUGUAGAAGACAAAAUUCAACAAGAGGAUACCGGCUUGUCGCUUGAUGAAAAGAAACACAGGAAAUUAUUAUUUCAAGAGGAUGGAAGAGUCAAGAUCAGAGGAGCACUGUUGUGCACAUACAUAGCAAGCAUUAUCUUUAAGAGUCUAUUUGAGGCUGGAUUCAUAAUUGGCCAAUGGUAUCUCUAUGGUUUUGUGAUGCAGGCAAAAUAUGAGUGUGAAAGACCGCCGUGCCCUCAUAAGGUGGACUGCUUUGUGUCAAGACCCAUGGAAAAAACUAUAUUCAUCCUUUUCAUGCUUGCCGUCUCCCUCAUCUCUUUGUUUCUCAACAUAGUAGAAUUCGUUGUUUUGAUUUCUCACAGUAUAUGUCGAAAAGUAAAAAAGUAUGCAAGAGUCGCAUAUAAAAGUGAUGCAGGAAUAUUCCAAGACAAGACUUACAACUUACCUAGUGCACCAGAGUCUGACAAAUCGUGUCUGUAUUUUCCCACAAUCGGGGAUAAAUGCCCUCCCUAUAAAAUUUCUGAUGAGGAAAAUUGGGUCAACUUCAAUACAGAGAAGGAGAUGGCCCUGAAUGGUGUAGUUCACUCAAAUCUGGACAGUAAUGUUUACAGCCGUGACACUAACCAAGUUUCUAACCGCUCUGGCAGUUCUAUGUCAAAGAAGCAGUAUGUCUAAUUUACAUAUUAAAAAUAGACAGAUUAUGACUUUAAAAUUAUAAAUACAUAUAUAUACAUAUUUAUCAAGA